GUGGAGCAGUACCUGGCGUCGGCUGGGUGGACCGUGGUACAGCGCCAGUCGUGGCGCGCGAUGGCCGCCGCGUACGGCUGGACGCCGGAGCCCAGCCGCUUUCGCCCCCCUGCGCCGCCCGCCCUGCCCGACAGCGGAAACGACGCAGCCGCAACAGGCAGCGGCGCCGGCGGCGGCGCCAGCGGCGCGGGCGACGCCCCGAGCUUGCCGCCCGAGCUGGAGGUCCAGUUUGUCGUCGCGACGCGCACGUUCUGA